AUGCCGUCGAGGGCGGUCAAGCUGGAGACAGAUGCUGUUGAGCCAAGCGGGGCCUUCGCUGCCCAUCUGAGUCGAUAUACACUUGGCCAAGGCACACGACAGUCGCCUCGCCGACUCAAGACAAAGCUCGAACCGACAGACAGUCUCCUUCUCCCUGCGACAGACGAACAAGCUUCCGUCGACCUCAAAGCAUCACAGAGUCCCGCAUUCGUUCCAACAAAGCUUGCAGAGGUAGCAAGCCCGCGACCUUCACCGGGAAAGAGGCGAAGAAGCGCGAAAGAGCUCGAAGAGAUCGCGUUGCUCGAGCCUGUUCCGGACCGUCUUGCUCCGGGCAUUCAGCUCUGCUUCUGCGGCAUUAAUCCCGGUCGGAUCUCUUCACUCGUAGGCUUCCACUACGGCAACACUGCACGCAACUCCUUCUACAACUGCCUGCAUUUCUCCGGUCUGACGGAACGGCUCCUUGUACCGAGCGAGAGCGUCGAUCUGCCUACAGAGUAUGGCUACGGCAUCACUGAUCUCUGCCCACGGCCCUCGCCGGGUAUGGAUGAUGUCGCGACAAGCGAAUUCUCUGAAGGCGUGCCGGUCCUGCUUCAAAAGCUGGCUACUUAUCGCCCUAAGCUGCUCUUCUUUGUUGGUGUCGGCAUUGCUGCCAUCUUCUUCAAGGGACUCAAUAUAGGUGCCCCACAGCGUAUCGCCGCAGCCAAGGCAUGGAAAGGCUGGUCACAAUGGCCCGACCAGACCGCUCGACCUGCCCUGACAGGCCUGCAGCCUUUUUCGCUGCAAUUUGACGACGGCAGUCUCUGCUAUGUCUACGUGGCCGUCAGCACAAGUCAUCGAGCAGCGGGCAUACGCGAGCCUGCAAAGACAGCCAUGUUCAAUGAGGCUAGAAUUAUCCUCGCGCAUCUCAAAGGAGAUCAGCCUGAUGAUAUGGUCGAGGCAGCACUAGCAAACACCACGCCGUCGGGCUGGCAAUUCCAACUCGAGGUAGCAAGAACACGAGCUCAGCCCUCCGGCCUGUCGCUGCGAUCAGCCCUCAACAGACAGGCUUGCGAGACGCAUGAGCUCGCACCCAGCCAGCGCGCCGUCUCAAACUUGAGGAAGGCACCGAUGCCCGCCCGUCAGCAUUAG